GCCGUCUCCAUGGCGGCGUUGCAGGGGCUGUGAUUCUCUUUCUUAGAAAAACUCGUCAGAGGGAGCCGAUUCUUGUGAGGGAAAAAUAGAAAUUAAGGAGAAGAGGAAAACAUAAAACAAAAGGGGUGGGCACAAUUAUUCAAGAAGCAAAGAAGGAAAGUGAGGCAGCCACUUAAGACAGGUAGCCAACAGCGACUACUCUCCUGCUGCCGCUGCAGCGCCGCUGCCGCUUCUCUGUACAAGCCUUAAAAAAUGGCAAAUUAAGCCGACUUGUUUGCCCACAAAACAAAAAGUGGCGAGGUUGCUGCUGCAGCAGCCGUGGCAGAGCGCAAACCCACGCCGUGACCUCCAUAAGCUCUCUCUCUCCCCAAGUUUCCACGAGUUCAUACGCAGGAGAAAUUAGCCCAAAAUAAAAUAAAAUAAAAUAAAGGGAAAGAGAGGGAAAAUAGGCUCUCGUUCUUGGCAUCUCUCGCUGUACUAUGGAUUUUCGGCUGGAAUCCAAGAAGAAGAUCUCAGCUAAGAGUAGGGGAGAAUGUUUGGUUUCUCUUUAGGUGGGAGUCAAAAUCAUCAGCAAAGGCAGCAGCAAGGAGAUCAAGAAGGGAUCCCUCCCGAGAAUCUAUUCCUCUACGGCGGGGCCGGCGGCAGAAGUGAGGAAAUUCCGUACGCGCGAGGCUUCGGGCUUUGGCAGCAGCAGCACCAGAUCCAGAGACAGCACCAGAUCCACUCCUCCUCGUCAGCUGGAGAGACGCUGCUGUCUUUCUCCGAUGGGCCUGGCCGGAGCGCCGGGGCCAUGAGGAGCGGCGCGGGAGGGGGAAUCAGCUGCCAGGACUGCGGGAACCAGGCCAAGAAGGACUGCGCCCAUCUCCGGUGCCGGACCUGCUGCAAGAGCCGCGGCUUCCACUGCCCCACCCACGUCAAAAGCACCUGGGUCCCCGCCGCCAAGCGCCGCGAGCGCCAGCAGCAGCUCGCCGCCGCCGCCGCCCUACAGCACCACCACCACCACCAAUACCGUGGUGGUGGUUCGGAGGGAAGCGGCGGCGGCGGAGAGACUUCUAAACGGCCCAGAGAAACCACCCGCCUGCCCACGGCCAUCACAGCCACCACUUCAGGAGGGGUUCUGGAGGCAGCGAGUUUCCCGCCGGAGGUGAGCUCGCAGGCGGUGUUCCGCUGCGUGCGGGUGAGCCCGGUGGACGAAGCCGAGGACGAGUAUGCGUACCAGACGGCGGUGAGCAUCGGAGGACGUGUGUUCAAGGGCAUUCUCUACGACCAAGGGCCCGAAGCCGAGUACAUGUCUUCCACUCAUUACCAUACUCAUCAUGGUGACGCCUCCCCUUCGCCUCCUGCUCCUGCUGCUAUUUCUACUGCCGCUGCUAUCGCAGGUAGUGCAGUUGCUGCUGCGAAUACUAUUGCUUCUGAUGCCGCUGCUGCUUUGCUCGAUCCUUACCCGACUCCCCUCAGUGCCUUCAUGGCCGGCACCCAAUUCUUUCCCCAACAUCCCAGACCCUAAAACUAGAUGAUGAUGAGAUGGAUUAACCAAAACUACCACACCUUCUCUUGCUCUACGUUUUGGUUUCUCCGUCGUUUUCCUUUACUAUUUUCGCAGCUUGGUCUUUGGUGAAUGUAAUCUUUUGA